UUGCAGAUUGUACCUUAAAUCAAAGGAGUCGGUCUUGUGGCGGAGCUAGAAUCGUUUAGCCUCCCAUUAAAUUUCCACUGUAAUGGAGCGUAGUUCUAUUCUUCUGGUGUGGAGUUGACGCACUUGGUGACGCGGCGAAUCGUGUGCGAGGCAGGAGUUUUUAUUUGUAAUAAGAGGGUUUGGGAUACUCCCUGUUCAUGUAUUCGCAGCUGAGCUGGUUACGAUUUAUGUUCAUCUCUCCCGAUUCCUCCCUUCUAUGUUCUGUUGCAGAAUUUUGAUUUCGAGCUUUGAAGGUGAUUCUCGAAGGGGAGAAGAGAGAGAGAGAGAGAGAGAGAGAGAGAGAGAGAGCGAGCGAGAGAGAGAGCGAGCGAGAGAGAGAGAGAGAGGGAUUCCUUGAUUUCUGCUUGAGACGGUUGCACAGCACUUGGAUAAUCUGUUCGCAGAUUUGGCGUUCUCUGCUUUUGAGAGGGCUGCGUUGCUCAUGGUUGUGACAGUGCAGUAGCCAUCAUGAGAUGGAUGCGGUGGAUUAUUCCUUCUUUCUCACAUGCCUUCCGAUCGCGCACGAGCUCCACUGCGCCUCUCGUUUUCGGAUCCCAUCAGGUAUAUUCGGACACAUCUGCAGUAUUUUAUGAGCAAAGGGGUAAUUUACCUUACCAUGCCUUAGCCCUUGAGAAAGAGCCGCAACUGUCAGAAGAUGAGCGUCAAGAUAAUGCUGUAGAUUUUCUCCUUGAUGAUAAGUUGCGCACAGAGUCGUUAAGGAAAAAUCGCCGCUUCGAAGAGGUUUCGGCUGUGAGGUCGUUGGCUGUUGAAGCAGAAUCGUACGUUCGGAGGGGAAAUGCUGAAGAAAGAGAUCGAGUAUCAGACAUGCUGAUUGAUUCUCAUGGAAGGAGACAUAAUUAUCUGAGAAUAUCACUGACUGAGCGCUGCAAUCUUCGUUGCAAUUACUGCAUGCCUGCGAAAGGUGUUGAGCUGACACCUAACUCUGAGCUUCUUUCUCAGAAAGAGAUCGUCCGAAUUGCUGGUACUUUUGUUGCUGGUGGAGUUGAUAAGAUUCGGCUUACAGGCGGGGAGCCAAGUAUCAGGUCAGAUAUCGAGGAGAUAUGUGAGCAGUUGAGUAGUCUCCCAGGUCUCAAACACUUAGCUAUGACUUCGAACGGCAUCGUUUUGUCUCGUAAACUCCCCCGAUUACAAGCGGCUGGGUUGAAUCAGCUAAAUAUUAGUUUAGAUACAUUGGUGCCAGCAAAGUUUGAGCUCCUCACCAGACGGAAAGGUCAUAAUAAAGUCCUUCAGUCCAUUGACACAGCAUUGGGAUUGGGAUUGUCUCCGGUGAAGGUAAAUACAGUUGUAAUGAGGGGUCUCAAUGACGACGAGAUCCUAGAUUUUGUUGAGUUGACGCGGGAUAAACCUAUCAAUGUUCGAUUUAUAGAAUUCAUGCCUUUUGAUGGCAAUGUCUGGAAUUCGAAAAAGCUGGUUUCGUACAUGGAGAUGAUGGAUAUGAUUAAGAAAAAAUUUCCAAGUAUACACAGACUGGAAGACCAUCCUACCGACACAGCUAAAAAUUUCCAGGUUGAGGGUUUCCAAGGCACAGUGUCGUUCAUCACCUCGAUGACCCAACAUUUCUGUUCGGGUUGCAACCGGUUACGGCUUAUGGCUGACGGCAACCUCAAAGUAUGCCUUUUCGGUCCAGCAGAGGUUAGUUUACGCGAUGCCAUUCGCAGUGGCAUGCAGGAAUUGGACUUGCAGCAGGUCAUCAGUGAUGCAGUGAAGCGAAAGAAGGCCGCACAUGCUGGCAUGUUUGAGUUAGCACGGACACAGAAUAGGCCAAUGGUUCACAUUGGUGGGUGAUACGGAAGUGCAUCUACUCCAAGAUUCUCGGCAUCGUGCUGCCACUAUGUACAUUACUAGCAAGUUUGUUGCUCUCCUACUUAGGCAUCCCUACUUUCUAUUUUCAGCGGUUGAAAGUUGUUGGGUGAAUUUGUGAAAUACUGAGACCAACAAUCAGUCCACAUGGUGUCGAGCAGCAUGUAACUUAUUAGUUAGUGCGUUGUUUUGGUAUAACUAAACUGGAUUACUCAAAAAGUUUUAGUGUCCGUGCAUGCUAGUUGUGUGCGGCCAGUUUUGUGGCCAGUUAAUAGCUAAACUGGCAUUGACUGAGUAUGCACUUCGCAAAGAAAAUUGUACCUGACCUCAUUUGUAGAAUCAGAAGGUUUUCUCGUACACUCAAGACUUUAGUUAGAGAAAAAGCCUGCAAGAGGCGUACCAUCUACACUUGUGCCUCAAAACCACAUUCACGUGAUCACAAGUAUUGUCAUGAAUAUACUGCUAAUUAGGCUAACAGCAGGGGUUAAUACUUCUGAUGUAGAUUCCAGGAAUGAUCAAGCCAAAUGAGUGUUAUCACUUUCCACAGCACUUCGUUUUUAUACCAUCUCUUCUAUAAAGAUGGUGAACAAAAGCAUGCUUAUUGAUAUUUCA